AUGUUCAAGACCACUAUCAACUCACUCAUUCUUAUAAUCAAGGUGAGAUGCGAGAGCGCUGGGAUGCUCAGUGUGGACCUAACCAAGUUGAAAGAGGAGUGUCUUGUUCCACUUCAAGGAAAUCAGGGUAAUGAGUACUAUGAGAUUUGGUAUGAUGUACGCAUGGAAUUACAUGGCCGGAAUCUCAAAGUUUCUCUCGUCUAUCCGCCAGGCAAAGAGACGCAAAGCUCUCUCGAGAUUUGCAUUGCAGCAUCAUUUAUCCCCGGCACGGAAUGA